AGAGCAGAGCGAGGGACCCGGCGGUGCGGGCUGCCCGGACGUGCCCAUGCUGUCGCUGCCGCUGCGUCUCCGCCCCGGGCGGGUGAGGGGCGCCCCGCUGCUCCAUCCGGCCGCACUACGAAGAGCCGCCGCCGGCGACGGGCCCGGGCGGGGCCCAGCAGUCCCCCGCGCUGAACAGGCACACAAGGUGGUUGCAAGCUACAAACCUUCAAAGUUUGACAAGAAAAUCCUCCUCUGGACCGGUCGCUUCAAGACGGAAGAAGAAAUUCCUCCGAGGAUCCCGCCAGAGAUGCUAGACAGGGCAAGGAACAAAGCCCGCGUUAAAGCUUGUUACAUCAUGAUCGGCCUUUCAAUUGUUGCCUGUUUUGCAGUGAUCGCUUCAGCAAAAAAGGCUGCGGCACGGCACGAGUCCCUGACAAGCUGGAACUUGGCAAAGAAGGAGAAGUGGAGGAAAGAGGCCGCACUGGUAGCGGAGUCAAAGCCAAAGUAACCGUGAGAUGCCCUGUGUCCUUGUAGGAGCAAAGUUAACAGUCAGUUAACUUAACUGGUUAGUGAAUUUCACCACCAAAUGGACAACGGUAGCAUUGCACAAACUGGAGCUAACAGCAGUGGUUCCGAGAUCACGGAAACUGAGGUAUUUAUUAAAGACAGCAUACACACUUUCACCUGGUUAAAAUCAGAGUGCGUUGCAUGUGAUUAAAACCAAUAAUUGCAAAGAUGAGGGAGAUGCCUAAGAAUGAAAGGUAAAGGGCUCACCCAGUGUCCACAGUCUGCCUUAAAACCUUUCAUUCAGGCUCGAUGUUGAGCUGUACUGAAAACAUCAGAGUUCCUUACUGAAAAAGUAGUUGUAUUUUCUCAAUGAAAGGUUAAAUACAGCAAAGACCAAACAGAAGGCAAUACUGAAAGUGCAAAAAUAAGGGGACAUACAAUUAAUUUUUGUAGUUCUAAGCAUGUAACAAACUAAUCAGCAAGAAUGCUUCAGAUUUUACAUACUGAGAGGAGAAGUUUGGGGAAAGGAAGGUAAAGGAAACAAACUGAUGAUCACCAAAUUCUCCAGUCCUUAAAAACUUCAGUAAGAAUUCCCCAAACAAGUGCUCAGUUCUGCACGUGACCAUCAUACAACUAUAGGUUUGGUCAGAUGUUUAAAAAUCUAUUUAAAAACAUGAGGUGCUGCCAGUGCACAAACCAGCCUUUCUGAAUUCAUUUUCCCCAGUGCUGUAUUCGAAACAACAUUAGCUUAAGAAGCCACACUCAUUAAAACACCAAAUACAGCACACUUCUGCAAAAUAGGUUUUUAUUGGUUUCCGUAUGGUAUUUGGAGACUUAACAUUCCGUAAUAUUGCAUACUACUCGUGUGUUUUGUUACAGUAACGGGCCUUUGGCCUGGAUUUAAAGAUGCACUAUUGCUAUCUGAAGGUAAUACGGGUAUGUUAAGUUUGUACACAUUAUAUGAAGAUCUUGUGCGGUAACUGAAAUUUCUCAUUCCAGAUUUCAGUGAACUCUUGAGGUCACCGCUGAACUUUUAUCAGCUGGCAGACCAAUGACAAAAGUCCUCAGCUGGACAAUUUAAUAAAUUUAACCCAACUGAGAAGUAGCCAUGAAGGAAAGACAAUAGUGCAUCCUUUUGUUUUUAAAGACAGACCUGACAACAGAAACUUUCCAGUUGCAAACUUCUCCUACAACUUAUUUCUGGGCCAACAUUAUUACCACUUUUUGAUUGCUGCUAGCAACACUUUUUAAAGCAAAUACUGGAAAAUUAAAAAGCUGUAUGAACCAGUCCUCAGACAAAAGUGCAAUGAUAAAGAAAUCAGAUAUGAUUCAGUGUGUCAAGAGUAGAGAACUGAAAAAUAAAGUUUCACGUUUUGCAUAGUUGCAUAGAUUAGCUAGCUGGUAUUCACGUUUAAGCAAAACUAAUGGUACCCUUUGAAUUAACACCAAAGCCCCCCAAAACGCUUUUUUCAGUUGUUUUUUUUUUUUCCCUUCACUGGUUUCAUCUGUUUAGGCAACAUUGCCAUGCUCACAUCUCUACUGACAGAUGACUGCACCAGAGCUGGCUGUAAGACGUCAUCUUUUUGUACUGUUCAUUAAUGUGCUUUUAACCAAACGUGCAAUAAAUCCAAUGAUAUAACAGGAAGGACCAUCUUUUAUGCUUACAAAGAUAUGUUUUUUUGAACAACGUCAGAGUAAACCAAGUGGUGAAUUCAAAUAACUUCGAAUUCAAAUAAUGUUUCAUUAGCUAAAGUCCAUCACUUUUAUCUCACUUUUAAACUAUUACACUUAAAUAUAUCAGACAUGAAAUAUAUUUAUCUAAAUGCGUAAAGUGCAGUCACUAACUGUUCAGACAAUAUAUCCACAAAACUGAAGACAUUCUUUCAAAACAAAUAUAAUACUUUGUACGCCCCCUUGUUUCAUUUUCAAGUCUUUUAAUCGAGAUUUUUAUAGUUCAGAUUUGGUUUAAGUUAGAGAAGCUUCUAAAUGCAGGGUUUGUAAGGUCCUCCAAAUAAAAAGCAGGCACAACUGGUUACGUAACAUUAUCAAAACAAGUUUGUUAGAAAUAAUGGAAUACCCUGUUACCUGAAUUCUUUAUUUCUACACUAGAAGAACAUUGAAAUUCAGCGUUUACUAGCAACCCUAGUAGAUUUCCAUGAUCACUACCCUGUACUUUGAGCAGAUGGCAGGAAGGAAGGUCAGCUUAUGCAAACAGAAAACUGUGAGAGUAAAAAGGGCACAAAUACAAUCAUCUAAUAUUGUAUGAAAAUUUGGCAGCUGUACUCAGAUUAUCACACUAUUCAAAACCACUGUAUGCUGUACAAAUCUAGGUUUAAAGUGUCAUUUGAUAAAAUAUCUCAUUAUUCAGAGUUCAUAAAGUAACAGCACUCCUAUAUACACGCUUCUUACACCUCUAAAUUCCAGUAAAAAGACUUCAAAAAGAGAUUUCGUUCCUCCCAGUUACAUCUUAGUCAAAACUGACCAUUAAUCUUAAAAAAUCCACUUCAAGUCUCACAUUCAAUUACAAUACAUUAUAUAUUGCUGCAACAUCAAAGCAAAACAUUUUAGAAUUCUAACUUGCACAUAAAAAAAAUCUAAAUAUAAAAUGGUACUGUAAAUGGUUAUCACCUUUAAUAUGUAUUUUUCAGUGCAUUAAAAUAUUGUGCACAGUGCCAUGGGAUAAGUAAUUUCAUGUUUAAAUUGCAGCUUUUUAUGAAGUAUGAAAUGCUGUCAUAUGCCAACUCACUUAACCCAGGAGUUUGAAGAUAAUACAUUAAUUACAGGGAAAAAAAACAAAAAUAUACUUUAAUUAAUCCAAAGUAUUAGUUUCUCCAAAUGAAACAUACUGCUAAUAUUCCAGAAACACUAUGUAUAUGCAAGUCCAAGCACAGCACACAUUUUUCUGUACUCAAAACUGUUAACGUGAAUAUUAGAAUUCUGUUUCUGUUAGUGUUUUAAACAGCAAACACUGUGUACUGUAGAGCCUAAAUGUUUAGAAUACAGUAACUUCUAGUUAGUUUUGGUGUCCACAUACUUAAUGUGUAUUUACAGUAUAACAUAUUGUCAAUUAGCUGGAAAGGAGCGAUUCUCCGUUCAUUCCUCACUGCAGUAUUUUCAUAGUCUUACUAGACGAGAACUGAGUUAGCAAACUUACAGAACUCAAGUGGUGGCAGCAUAUUUGGUCAGAAAUGCAACACCUACUUUCUCAACCUUUAAGAAGCUACUGUUACUAGAAAGAGUAACACUGCUUUCCUCAGCUGAAGUGGUGUUACUACAUUUUGGCAGGAGACAGCUGUAAACCAUCUGCUUUGCAUUUCCAUCUGUACAAAUGACCAUCUCUGUCAUCCACGAUUGCAGCAUUCUUGUGGUAACUACAGCAACCGCUUCCACAGCAAAGUAUUGUAUUUGUGGCUGACUUUAAAUGCCAUUUAGCAGCUUUAAUUACAGAGCAAGCACCAAAUGACCAGCAAGCUCUCUGCUGAUUCCAAUUUGAAAACCUCUGAAACAGUCUCUUCCCACAUAAUUGUGUAAAAGCUUUUUCAGGUACUCAAUAUUAUAUAUUGCGUAAUUAUCGUUAUAGAUAUGCAUUAUGUCUUUAAAUACAUUUUAUAAAUAAAUUCCAACAGUGUGUGGUAAAGUAAGUAAUGCGUGGAAGUUUCAUAAUUUAAAUAAAUAUUUUUCACAUUCCAAUUCAGCUUCUAACAAGCUCAUCUUUAUUUCAUGCCUUAGUUCUGAAGCAAUGUUCAAUGCUUCAAUACAAGAGGUAGAUUUGAUAGACUGGGCAAGUCAAGCCUACUGCCAAAAAUACAACUGUCAGUAACUGUAUUGCUGAUAUGCAGUUUGAGACUACAAGAAAGAUUCAGAACCACUGCCUAAAAUCCUUUUAAGUCUUAGCUUAGCAGUUCCUGAUAGAUCACAUGUAAUGCUUUACUUUAGACGUGAUUACUCACAGUUGUUUUCUGUACAUAUGAGAACAAAAAAAAAAAAACCCAAACAAA